AGUCAACGAGCAGUGAUCUGCUUCCUGAAAGAGCCGAAACUGCUCUGUACAAACUCACAUUUCCCGACUGAUAGACUCGCGCAAUCAGCCAUGUCGAAGAACACAGUGUCCGACCGCUUCAGGAAGGUGGAUGUUGACGAGUACGACGAAAACAAGUUUGUGGACGAGGAGGACGGCGGAGAAAAUCAGCUGGGUCCGGAUGAGGCAGAGGUGGAUUCCCUCAUCAGAUCAGGUAACCUGAUGGGAGCCCUGCAGGCAGUGCUGAAGAAUCCACCCAUCCACACCAAAAACCAGAAUGUGAAGGAUCGGGCUGAAGGUCUGGUGUUGAAAGUGCUCAGCUCUUUCAAGGCUAGCGAUAUAGAAAAGGCUGUUCAGUCUCUGGAUAAGACUGGAGUAGAUCUGCUCAUGAAGUAUAUCUACAAGGGCUUCGAAAGACCCUCUGACAACAGCAGUGCCAUUCUUCUUCAGUGGCAUGAAAAGGCUUUGUCCGCAGGUGGCGUGGGCUCCAUAGUCCGAGUCUUGACGGCCAGGAAGACGGUGUAACGUUCAUUGGUAGGAUUUGGCAGAGGGACUGGCUGGCACAAGCCCUCGUGGUCUGCUUUCUACCCACACUGCCAAACUGUGGAGGGUGUCCAGUCGCUCACUUUUUCUUAAAACGAUCAAACAUUUACAGUCCCAUUUGGAUGAGUUGCAGCAAAGAUAAGCACCUUGGAUCUAUGCUAUGCUAACAGAAAGGUGAUGGGGGGGAGGGGAUCUUUUUGUUGACCUCAGUAUAUAUACUAAGCACAGACAUUUGUCCAAUUCACAUACUUUAUUCCCAUGCUUGUAGAGUCUUUCAGUAUAACAGAACAAACAGUAUGUGUGAUCACAUGACUAAAGCGCUACACAGUCAUGUUGUUACAACAGCAUGUGAUGGUGGUACUAUAAAAUUCUUGCUUUUUUUAAAGAAUAGUUCAACCAAAAAUGGCCAUUCUGUCAACAUUUACUGACCUUAAAAAUGUUUCAAAUAGCCCUAAAGUAGUUCAUUCCUGACUCCUGAUUCCUGAUUCUCUGGUGUACAAAUAACAUUCCAAAAACGAUGAAUGAGUUUCUACAGGUUUGGAAAGUCACGAGGGUUUAAAAAAAUCAUGACAGAAUUACAUUUUUGGUUGAAAGUGAUGAAGCUUUAGUUUUAUGUAGGAUGUUCACCUAAUAUUCCAUUUUCUAUAGAAGCCUGUCUCCACCACGAAAAAAUAAUGAAUAUUUAAACUAAAAGAAAAUAAUACUUUAUUUCUUACAAUUCAGAUUUUUAGUAAUCGGAAUUGUUUUGGUCAGAGUUUAUUUGUUCCAUUAUAAAUUCAAAUUCAAUUGCAAUUCUGAGUUCUUUACCGAAUAAUUUUUUGUGAUUUUUUUUGUGAUUUUUAUCUAACCUUUUUUUAAAGAUGUAAGAUAAGCCUUUGGUGUCUCCAGAAUGUGUCUGUAAAGUUUCAGCUUCAAAUUCUCAUCAGAUUAUUUAUCAAAGCCUUCAGAAUCCCAUUUAAGAGUGUGAAUUUAUUGUAGCUGUUUUUGUAGUUGUGACUUUGUCCAAAUUAGCUGCUUCUCCCCGCCCACCGCUCCUACGCUUGUGUCUGCUUCUCAUCAUGCGUCACAUCAGAUAAACAGCAGUCAGUGACAGAGACAGAUUCGGAUAAAGCUGAAGUACAGCUCAUUAGUCGACAAUAUCAAGUUUAUUUCAGUUUUAUUUGUGGUGGACUGAAAUGAUGAGUCUGACACAAAUGUCGUUUGAACUGCACACACAAACAUUAGCGUUUACUGACACCAUGCGGCCGUGCUGAUUAUAUUAGUUAAGAAUUACAUUGUGAUUUUACUUUCUUUUCUUCUGAACAUGCUAUGUUUUAAACUUAUAAAACUUAAUCACAGAGAGUUGGAAGAUAUUUUAAUUCCAGUUUAUUUGCAAAAAAAAAAAUUCUGUGGACAUGUGUACAUGCUAUUAUAUAAACAUGGUGUCUGUCAAUCAAUUUGGUGGGUGGGGAAACCACACUCCUAUGUCACGUUACAGUGGGCCUCAAAAUCACUGGGAUUUGGGUCCUAUUUUAAAGUCAGAAAUUAAAAUAAAAAGAGACUCUUCUUUCUAUCACUCCAGGAUGAAUGUGGACACACUAUACCUGCACACAGUUCUGUACAAACAACAUAUAAAGUUGAUUUUCAUCAUAGGUGCUAUUUUAAUCAAAAAACAUUUUUAGAUAAGCAAAAAAUAUUGUCUUGUUUUCAGAAAUAAUGUCAAAAUAUCAUAGAAACAGGACAAAAGCUGGAAGCAAGAUAAGCUUUUUUUUGCAGUAACACAAUUAUUCACAAUUCUGGGUUAUUUCCUAUAUCUAUCUCCUUUUUCUUUUGCAGUUUUUUUUUCACUUUUCUGAGUUUAAUUUGUUUAUUUUUUCCAUAAUACUGAAUUUUUUUCUCUCAAUUCUAUCUUUAUAUGUUUUGGAAUUCACAAUUGCAAUAAAUAAACUAGGAAUUCAUAUUUAAUAAAGUUCUAAUAUUUUAGAUUAAAAAGUCACACUUAGCGUGGUGGGAUCAAGCUUAUCUGCUCCUUUCUCAAAGCAUAAUCAGAGCUGGUUUAUGUAAGAAUGCCAACAUCAGUAUUUGCUUCUUUUCCUGCUUGCAUGCAAUGCAUAAUAUAUUAGUUGUGAGCUGAAUCUGAACGCCUGUGCUUUCACGAGAGAGAUUUGUAGCUCAGUUUCUUGUGAUCAAGCGCUUCUUUUCCUCCACAGUCCCUUGAGUUGCUUAUGCGGUUUCUAGCAUCUCCAUUGCUUCAUAUCACACAAGGAUCACGUUCAAAGAAACAACAAAGGGAAUAACUUUUCUUAAGUUGCCAAAAACUCUUUAAUUGUCAUAAUGGUUGAUUAAUACUAGUGUUUUUGUACUCUUCACAAAAACAGUGAAUUACUUUUUUAUAACGUUGAGUAUUAUUAGAAUUGUCUGUGAAACACUUGUGUAUGUUUUGCAUAUCGCAUCAUUUUGGGGUGUUUUACCAGUCACACAACGUGAUUAACAUCGUUUCUUAUCUCAUACUUUGAACUCAGACUUUAUGUCAGGUGCUGAUGAUCAAGCAAACCUCGGAGACACACACAAGUGUUUGUGUUUUCUCACAAUUGCCACCAAACACAGCAGCUGGAGUUCAAGCUGCUAUGGAGAAUUUUGCUUCCACUGUGGUUCACUUAUUUUCGCCAUACUUGAAGCCAUAUGUAAACAACCGAAGGAAGUCUCCACUUGUUCAUUGACCAUUCCAAGUGAAUGUUAGAUCUGCAUCAUGCCAAUCAAUCAUUUGAUUAAGUGCAAAAAUGAUGAACUAGUUUACCAACUGCCUUAUAAAAUAUUCCUUUUAUAUUGUAUGGUCCUUUUGAAAAAUAAAUGAAUGCAAAUCUUG